AUGAGUUCUCAUAGUGAUGAUAACAAAUACGUAAAACAUACAAUAGGAACUUCAGAGAACGAAAAAAAAAACAUUUCAUGGAAAUCAAAUGAAGAAAAAGAAGAAAACUCAGAAUUAAAUGUGAUCAAAGAUAAUUAUAAAUAUAUUGAGGGAAAAGAUGAACAUGAAUCUUAUGAAAAAGUAAAAGAAAACGGAAGUUAUGAAGAAAAUAUAAGUAAUCAGGAAAAUGAAAAUAUUCUUGAAAAUUCGGAAGAAUUAGAACAGCAAAAUAAAGAAGAACAUGAAAAACAAAAACAAGAACAAAAUGAAAAUAAAGGAGUUAUUUAUAAUCUUAAAAAAAAAGAGAAUAUAAGUUAUGUAAAAACCAAUGAAAAAAAGAAUUUUUCUUUAAAGAGUUUAAACAGUGAAAAAAAUCUAAAAUAUACUAAUUCAAGUACACAUGACAAUAUUGAUAAAAAUAUAAUGUAUAAUGCAAAUUUAAAAGGAAAUGUGGAGGGAAAAAAUACUUUAAGAAAGUCAUAUGAAGAAGAAGACUUAAACGAAUCUAAAAUGGAUGAAACAUUUAUAAAAAAGAGUAAAAAGUUAAUAAAAGAUAACCUGAAACCAGAUACACGUGACCUAUUUUGUACCUCACAAGAAAAAGAUGUUUUUGAAUACGUACCAGAUACUUCUAGUUAUUCUAUUUGCUACAAUGAAUCAAAUGAAUUAUAUAAGGAUGUUGUUAAUAUGAAUAAAUACUUUUUAGAUGAAAUUAAUACAAAUAUAUAUGCAUCUCCUUUAAAUACUUACUUAUCUAAUAUGUUGAAUACAUCGGAUAAUUCUGAACAAAAAAAAAAAGAAUUUUUAGAUAUAGAUUCUAAAAUAAUGAAAAAAAAUACUUUAGAUGAUGAAAAAAAAAAUACUAUUUUAAAUGAAGAAUGCAAUGAUUCAAAAUAUUCUUAUGAAUUUUUUAAAAAUAAAAUUUUUAAAUGUUAUGAUAAUGGUGUUAUAGUAGAAGUAAAUCCUUCUAAAUUAAAAUAUAACAAUUCUAGCAAAUAUGAAUACAAUCAAAAUAUGUCCAGUUAUUUAGAGGAUCCAUUAAGUUAUUUACAAAAAUUAAAAUGUGAAGUUGAAGAUAUUACUACAUAUAUUAAAGAUAUUGAAAAAACAAAAGAAGAAGCAGAUACAGUAUAUAAAAAUGAUAAAUUAAAUGAUGAAGAAUUAAAAGAAAAUGAAAAAAUCAUGAAAAAAAUUUUACAUAAUAGAGAAGUGCCAGAGGUAUUAAUGGAAUUAUUCUCUUUAAAAAAUGAUAUCAAUAAUAUCUUAAAUGAUGAUAAAUUAAUCAAACUUUUUAAAACAGAAAAUGUAUUUGAAGAAAAAAAUUAUGUUGGUGAUACUAAAGAUAUUAAAAAUCUCAUAGACACAUUGAAAUAUUGGAAAAAAGACAAUCUAAAAAAUAUAGAUGAACAAAAUAAAAGUAAAAGUGAUAAUAGUCUAUAUAAAGAAUUUGAUAUAUAUACUGUAAAGAAUGUCAAAGAAAAAGAUGUUCAUGUAAAUGAUUUAUUAAUGUUAGAGAGAAAAAUUUCAGAUGUCGAGAAAGUUUUAGGUAUUGAUAAGAUGCCUAUGCUUCCAUAUGAUGAUCUAAAUCAUGCAAUUUUAGAUUUAUAUAAUAAACUAAGUUUACUAGAUUCUAACAAAUUAGAAAACGUAAAAAAAAAAGUACAAAAUCUUCAAUCAGAAUUUUUAAAUUUGAAAAAAUUUAAAAAAGAUGUAUUAAAUAUGUCAAAAGAAAGAGGAAAUUAUGAAGAAUCCAUUGAUGAAUUAUUUAAAAUUUUAGAUGUAUGGAAGAAAACACAUCAUAUAAUUCCUAAUAUUUUAACAAGACUUAAUCAACUAAAAAAAAUACAUGAUAAUGCACAUUCAUUUGCUUCAAGAUUAGAUGAUUUAGAAAAACAACAGAUAAAAUUAGAUGAUACAUUAAGUUUAGCAGAAAAAAAUAUUAAAUUAAUAAAUUGCAAAAUAGAUGAAAAUGUGAAUUUACUCCAAGACACACUAAAAAAGUUUGAAUCAAAAACUUCCAUUAAAAAUAAAAUUUAA